UCCGUCCUGUAGCCUCUAUUAUUUUCCACUCACUUUCUCACACUUCAAAAUGGCGGCGUUGAGCAGCGCCGAGUCCCCACCGCCCGUAUUUAACGGAGACACCUCGGAGCGGCAGCCGGACAGGGAGCCGGCCCUGGGGGAACUGGGUGCAGCGCUGGACUCCUCCUGCCCGGUGGGGAUCCCCGGAGGUCCGCAAGAUGAGGAGAUCUGGAAUAUCAAACAGAUGAUAAAGUUGACCCAAGAACACUUGGAGGCUCUCCUGGACAAGUUUGGAGGAGAACACAACCCUCCUUCCAUCUAUCUGGAGGCCUAUGAGGAGUACACCAGUAAGCUGGACGCCCUGCAGCAGAGGGAGCAGCAGCUCCUGGAGGCCAUGGGCAACGGCACGGACUUGUCCUGCUCCCCGACGCCAGUGCCUCCACUCCUGCAAGUCAAGAUGGGAGGGUGUGCGGUCGGAGGGGGCGCUCAGGCUUUCCCCACGCCACAUAACACACUGGCCGUCCUGCAGACACCCACGGAUGCAAGUCGGGCCAACCCUCGCUCCCCACAGAAGCCCAUCGUCCGGGUCUUUCUGCCUAAUAAACAAAGAACAGUGGUCCCGGCUCGGUGUGGGAUGACCGUGCGAGACUCGCUAAAGAAAGCGCUAAUGAUGCGGGGCCUCAUCCCAGAGUGCUGUGGAGUCUACAGGAUACAGGACGGGGAGAAGAAGCCCAUUGGCUGGGACACGGACAUCUCCUGGCUGACAGGGGAGGAGUUACAUGUUGAAGUGUUGGAGAAUGUGCCACUCACGACGCACAACUUUGUGAGGAAGACCUUCUUCACACUGGCCUUCUGCGACUUCUGCAGAAAGCUGCUUUUCCAGGGGUUCCGAUGUCAAACUUGUGGCUACAAGUUCCACCAGCGCUGCAGCACUGAGGUUCCCCUCAUGUGUGUCAACUACGACCAACUAGACUUGUUGCUAGUAUCAAAGUUCUUCGAGCAUCACCCUUUCACUCAAGAGGAAGUCUCCUCAGAGGGAACCACCCCUGUGUCUGAAGCGUGUCCAUCACUCCCCCCGUCCGAUUCCACCGGGUCUAUAUGCCAUACGACUCUGUCUCCGUCCAAGUCCAUACCCAUCCCGCCUAGUUUCCGGACCAGCGAGGAGGAUCACCGCAACCAGUUUGGUCAGCGGGACCGCUCAUCGUCUGCCCCCAACGUCCAUAUCAACACCAUCGAGCCCGUCAACAUUGACGACCUGAUUCGAGAUCAGGGCUUGGCGAGGUCCGAUGGAGCCCCCCCGACCCACCCUGCCCGCUGCUUGAGGAAGCACCGAACACGGACCUCAAGCCCCCUCCUAUACUCCUACCCCAAUGACAUAGUGUUUGAUUUUGAGCCCGAGCCUGUUUUCCGAGGGUCCACUACCGGACUAUCGGCCACACCCCCCGCAUCGUUACCUGGCUCUUUAACCAACGUCAAGAUUCCCCAGAAGUCGCCAUGCCAACAGAGAGAACGCAAAUCGUCGUCGUCAUCCGAGGACCGCAAUAAGAUGAAAACACUGGGGAGGAGGGACUCCAGCGACGACUGGGAAAUCCCAGAGGGCCAGAUCACUCUGGGUCAGAGGAUAGGCUCCGGCUCCUUUGGGACAGUCUUCAAGGGAAAGUGGCACGGUGACGUGGCUGUGAAAAUGUUGAACGUCACUGCUCCUACACCUCAGCAGCUUCAGGCCUUCAAGAAUGAAGUGGGAGUUCUCAGGAAAACGCGUCACGUCAACAUCCUGCUGUUCAUGGGCUACACCACUAAACCUCAGCUGGCCAUCGUGACCCAGUGGUGUGAAGGCUCCAGCCUUUACCACCACCUGCACAUCAUCGAGACCAAGUUUGAAAUGAUCAAGCUCAUCGACAUCGCCAGGCAGACGGCUCAGGGCAUGGAUUACCUCCACGCUAAGUCCAUCAUCCACCGGGAUCUGAAGAGCAACAAUAUUUUCCUCCAUGAGGAUCUGACGGUGAAGAUUGGUGACUUUGGCCUGGCCACAGUCAAGUCCCGAUGGAGUGGCUCCCACCAAUUUGAACAGCUGUCUGGUUCCAUACUAUGGAUGGCUCCGGAGGUCAUAAGGCUGCAGGACAAGAAUCCCUACAGCUUCCAGUCGGACGUCUACGCCUUCGGCAUCGUGUUAUAUGAGCUGAUGUCCGGAGCGCUGCCCUACUCCAAUAUCAACAACAGAGAUCAGAUCAUAUUUAUGGUGGGCCGAGGUUAUCUGUCCCCCGACCUCAGCAAAGUGCGUAGCAACUGCCCGAAGGCCAUGAAGAGACUAAUGGCUGACUGCUUGAAGAAGAAGAGAGAGGAGCGACCGCUUUUCCCUCAGAUCUUGGCAUCCAUUGAGCUGCUGGCUCGCUCCUUACCCAAAAUCCACCGCAGCGCCUCGGAGCCUUCGCUAAACCGAGCAGGCUUUCAGACGGAGGACUUCAGUUUAUAUGCUUGCGCCUCGCCCAAAACUCCCAUCCAGGCAGGAGGCUACGGAGAGUUCUCAGCAUUUAAGUAAGUGCUGUUGCCACCACUCCAUCCGUCGUCACUGCUCCUCGCGGUGGAUUAAUUCAUCACUGGAAAAAAUAUAUAGUCUUAAAGAAUGUGCCGUUUUCUUCCUCUAUCCACCUAAUGACGGGAUUCCUUCCAACUAAAAGCUGGCAAUGUAGCCAAAAGCGACAGGCAACCAGAAUUAGGGAACAAAAACCAUGUAGAAACACACAUUAAAAAAAGGAAAAGGCGAGGCAUAAUUCCCGAGUGGACCAGCCUGCCGAAGAACAAGAUGGCUGUGAUGCGGGGAGGAGCUGAUGCGUUGGAAGGCAGAGGCUCCGCCCUUCAUUUCCUGUGUAGGUGAGGAAAAGGAGGGAUGCGGUCCUGUCCGGGCCGCAGGAAGUAAGGAGGCCUGUAGGGGGAGCCCUCUGUCAGGCCAGGCUGGACGUCGUUCCUGUGAGGAGUUAAGAAGUGGGAUCACCUCCCAGCUAGAACUCUGUUUUGUUAGAUUAUGGAUAUAAGUUUAUCAUGCUUCAACUUAAACUAGGAAUAUUGAUUAUUUUUUUUAGCUUUUCCCCCAUUCUGCAGCGUUUUUUUGCAACUUUUGUUAAUGCAGAUGCCUCUUUGAAGGGCCAACAAAUGAGACACUUGGUGUGUUUUUUUGUGAUCAAAUCUACACAAAUGAUCCAUUUUAAAGCCUUGGUCUCCACAGAAGAUGUUUUUUUUGGCCUCUUUUUGGAUGAAAAAAAAAAAAUAAUUUAGCAUUAACGGCAGGAGCAAGCGGGUAUUGUUCUUGCGGAUGGACAGGAGGAAGCCAAGAGUGAGUUCUUCCCUGGGCCGGUGUACAGUACUUCACUACGAGAAAGCUUUUCCUUAGCUUAACAUGCACAUUAGGGUGGGCGAUACUGCAAAUUUUGGCAUGGAUCCGAUACCAAGUAAAUACAGGGUCAGUAUUGCUGAUACUGUUACUUUUUUGCCUGAAAAGAACUUCCAAUAUCUACAACAUGAACACUCUGGUAUUUGUCAACACAAACAGAAGACACCUGAAAAGUAGAAGUCAUCACGGCGGUAUCAAUCUGAUACUGAUACUGUAGAUACUAUCUAUUUGGAUCCAUACGCCCGCCCACAGUGCAUGUGUCGUCAUUCUUGUCCAUUUUAUUUGAGUCACGCAUCACCUGGCUUUGAUAUUGCUGCACUGGCUGCAAAUGGGGAUCCCACUUCUAGCACCGACCUGCGGUGUUCCUUCCUUUGCAGACCUUUCUUUACGCAAUUUGUUGGGGUUGGCUUUUUUUUUUUUUUUUUUUUGCCAUUUUCUGUAAAAAAACUGUUGUAAUUAUUUGUUGGGGUUUUUUUUUUUAACAUUCUCAGAACUUUGCUUUACUUUGAAGCUUUCUUGCUAAGUCUUGCUGACAUGCACUUUUGUAGAAAUUGAUGGAAACAAAUGAGCGACUCCAUUUUGGGGCGAGAGGGGGAGGAUUUUUGUCGUCCCCUAGUUACACAUAUUCAUGUGUGUCCAUUUCUACAUGGCAGGCAAUACGCUUGAGUUUAAUUCAUAGAUGUGUUGUGGAGCUGAAGAACAUUCAUGAAGGCUGAUCUUCAUGAUCACAUGGUCAGGAGAUCCUCACUCUAAUGAUGGCAUUAGUGUGAGCUACGUCAUGUUGUUGGAAACCUGGACAUGCAUGCUUUUCAUCAAAUGUUGCACUACUACGUUAUUUCACUAGUGAUACUUUGGGGAUAUUGCUGUUUUAUUCGUCUGAAAUACCCUUAACCUUCUAAGAACGCUGCUUUCUGUAAGUGCUGCAACAAAUGCAUGUCCACGUCGUAAUUACAACAUCGGACAAAAGCUAAACGGAACAUGAGUGCUGAUCAAGCGGCAUUUCAGCAUUUUACAAGAGAAAAAUUAAGAAGAUGAAAAAGUCAUUUUAAUAGCACAAAACAAAUUAAAAAAUGUAAUUUUUGGAAAUUUUGCUUGCGGAAAAAUAGUUCUAAUAAAACAAACAGCUGUAAUUUUACGAGGAUAGAGUAUUCUAGGAUUGAAUUAUUCUAGGGAGAAGUUGCAAUUGUACAAUUGUUUUUUAAAAGUUGUAAUUUUUGGAAAAUUAGGCUGGGUUAAAAUAUAUAUUAUGGGAAUAAAGUCAUAUUACAAAAUAUUUUGAACAUUUAUAAACAGCAAACAUGAGGAAAAAGCAAAACCACAAAGUUGAAAUUCAUUUAAAAAUGAAAUAUUUUUAACUUGGCACAUCUUCAUGUGUUCCUUCAAUUUCUCAGUUUGUGGUCCUUGGUGGUAAAAGUUUACUGUAGUAUAUGCACAGAAAAACUCCAUUUAUUUCGUCUUUUUUCCAUCCAAAUGUCCGUGGGCGGGGAGGUUUAAACAUUUGGAGAUGUUCAGGUUUGCACUACUUGACCUUUUGGUAAAUACUGUAUCCAUCUCUGGAAGAAAUGAUUGACUUGCGUUACGUUUAAUGUAGUCUUAAGACCCGUUGUAUGAUGUACUGUAGACUCCAUCCACUAAUCUGUUUAUUUAUGAAGGACGGCUAGUUUAUUGACAUGGUCCAGAUAUUUCAGCGCGAAUGAAGAACCAGUUUUUAAAUGGGUGUUUAUGCUAUUUUAUGCCGUCAAAUGUCAUAUCGCAUAUCGCAGAGUUUGAUGUCGUGGAAUUUUUGGAGCUCCUUAAUUGAAGGCAGAGUUCAUAUCAUUUUCAAUGAAAAUCAGUUCCCAAAGGUUCUCAACCUCUAAAUUAGGAUUUCUUUGCAAGUACCACUAUUUCUGCUACCUCCGCUUCCAACCGUGGUUUAGCUCUGAAUACGUGGCUCGUACUCACCGGUAAAUUGGCUUGUUAAGUAGGAGGUGACAUAAACGGGAAUAUGUCAGUCAUUCGUAUUGUGCAAUCAUUUCAUAUGUACUAGUAUAUGUCUAACAUUUCAUUAUUAUUUAUUCUUUUCUUAAUGGUGUUCUGGGUACCACUUGAUGGUGCCCGUGUACCACCGAUGGCACUCCUACCACGGUUUGAAACUCUAGUACCAAGGUUGUCUCCAAUGAAAUACUUCCUUCACUAAGUGUACUGUGUAGACUUUGUACAGUAUUUAGUUCCUAAUUAGUCUGAGUGGUUAGCGCGCAGGCCUCACAGCUAGGAGACCCGAGUUCGAUUCCACCCCGUGUGGAGUUUGCAUGCGUGGGUUUUCUCCGGGUACUCCGGUUUCCUCCCCCAUUCCAAAAACAUGCUAGGUUAAUUAGCCACUCCAAAUUGUCCAUAGGUAUGAAUGUGAGUGUGAAUGGUUGUUUGUCUAUAUGUGCCCUGGUAUUGGCUGGCCACCAGUCCAGGGUGUACCCCGCCUCUCACCCCAAGACGGCUGGGAUAGGCUCCAGCACCCACUAGUGUGCAGUGAUGCACACCUACCACAGGUUUACCACCCACAGUAGUCGCCAUCUUGGCUCCCCAAUUGGCAUCCAGGGAGUAUUGAACGACAGUAAUGGAUUUAGUACUGCACUACACCCUCCGGAACUAAGUACGCAGUAUACAGACUAUACUUGAGUGUAAGGAUAGAAUAGUGUGAUUUAAGACGCAAGCCUAGUGUAUUGUACUAGUUAGUGAAAGAAGUAUUUGUUCCAAGUGUGUUUAGGGAUGAGGCCGCUUCUAAAUUGCCUAAAAGUGGCCUCCAUUGCUGUCCUCCUGCCACAGUUUGGUUUAUUGGUUUAUUGGUUUAUUGAUUUGUUGGUUUAUUGGUUUAUUAUUGUUGUCUAGUUUUUGUCUUUGCUGUGCAUGCACCUUAACCAAUGAAGCCCCAAGGACAUUUCAUUCGACAGAAAACAGCCAUGUCCAACUUCCUGUUUUUGUUUGCUUGAUUUCUUCAUUCCUCUCACUUGUAAAUAGUGUACAAAGUAAAAAAAAAUCUAUUGUCAGUUUGCUAAGAAGGCAUGGAGACUUCACGUUGUAAACAAAAAUGAAAGAUUUUUUUGGAAGGCACACUUGGAAGACAAAAAAACACAAAAUAUUUAAAGCUGUAUCAUAAGGAGAAAGAGCUUAAUGUAUUUGUUGUGAAUAUGAAAAAAAUGAUAUAUUAAAGAAGUGCAUGAAAAGCUGUUA